AUGGGUGGUGAAAAGAGAAGCAAAAUUAUAGUGACUACGCGAAGUGAAAAGGUUGCAUUGAUUAUGGGAGCCACUUUUUCAUACCACUUGAAAGGUUUGCCAGAAGAUAAUUCUUGGUCAUUGUUUAAGCAGUUGGCCUUUGGAAGAAGACAAUUGGUGGAAAAUCAAAGCCUAGUAACAAUUGGGAAGGAGAUCUUGACAAACUGCGGAGGAGUGCCUUUAGCCAUAAGGACAGUUGGAAGCCUGUUGUACCUAAAAGACACAGAAACUGAGUGGUUGAAUGUGAAAAACAAGCUCUGGCAAAUAGCUCGAGAUGAAACCCACAUUUUACCAACAUUGAAGGUUAGUUAUGACUACUUGCCGUCCCAUUUAAAGCCAUGUUUUGCCUAUUGCGCCCUUUUCCCCAUAAGUCGCCGCAUUAAGAAGGGGACACUGAUUAAAAUGUGGAUGGCUCAAGGGUUUAUUCACUCAUCAGGCAAAGACGAUGAUUUGGAGGAUAUUGCUGAUGAAUAUUUCAAGGAAUUGUUGUUCGGGUCCUUCUUUCAAGAUGUAGGUGAAGAUGAAAAUGGGUAUAAAAGUUUCAAAAUGCAUGAUCUUAUCCAUGAUCUUGCACGAUUAGUGGCAGGGAUAGACUGUUUUAUUGUGAAUACUAAUGUAGAAAAUAUGUCUGAAAGAACAUAUUGCAUGGCAUUUGAUUCCAUUUCAUGUUUGUCACGAGAAGUUUCAACAUUCAUGAUCAAUGCAAGGAAGAUUCGCACAUUAAUUUUGUGUGGUCCAGAACAGAGAAAAGCUCAUGAUACACUAAUUUCAAGUUUUAUAUGCCUGCGUACAUUGGAUUUGCAAGGUUUAGGAAUUGAGAAUCUUCCCAAAUCUAUUGGCAAACUUAAGCAUCUAAGAUAUCUAGAUCUCUCAUGGAAUAUCAAUAUGGCUGCACUUCCCAAAUCUAUCUGCAAGCUACAGAACUUGCAGACACUUAAACUCUCAUACUGUCUUGAUUUUAGAAGAUUGCCAGUUGAUAUAAGAAAGUUGGUGGGCCUUAGACAUCUUGAAAUUGAGGGGUGUAACGACCUAAGUUACAUGCCAUUUGGACUAGGAGAAUUGACAUGUCUUCAGACCUUACCAAUUUUCAUUGUGGGAAAGGAUAGCUCCAUCUCUAAAGCUAUUGGUGGAAUUGGUGAGUUGAAUAACUUAAACCACCUUAGAGGGGGUCUCCAAAUUAAGCAUCUUGAAAAUGCGAGAAAUGGAACAUCUAGAUUGAAGGAACUGAAGGGAGCAAACUUAAAGGAAAAAAAGUUUAUUAAAAAACUGACACUAGAAUGA